AUUAUGCAAAUAGCUCUGAGUCUGUAUGUGUCUGAUUGGCUGGCUGGAUGUGUUGCUGGCUGAUAGGACAGAUAAAGCAGCAUUCAGCAGUGAGGCGCUGGGAAGAGGAGGAGGAGAGCUUACAAGGAGCAAGAAAGCGAGAAACGGAAGAUACAGAAGGCGUCUAUGUACAGCACAAGCAAAGAAGAGAAAUACAGCUAUUAUAUUCCUUUAACCACCUGCAUGUGCACUGAUAGAAGGCUGUGCAAGCGGAAGAUUUAAAUGACAAAGUUGAGUGUGGCUGAAUUGUGACUGCCAUUGCAGCCCAUUCACAAACAGCGGACCGCUUCAAGCACUUUGACAGGGAGGAAGAUGAGGAGAUUUUGAGUGACACUCAUCCUGCAUGGGAUUUUCAUCUUGUUUCCCGAUCUCAACCGUUUUCAGGAGAACAACCUUGGCUGUAGUCCAGUUCAUCAGGCUGAGCUGAAGAAGCUGAAUAAAGGCGGGGAGAUAUGUGAAGAAAAAGCAGACAAGCAGUGAGCAUGAGUGCAGCGUCUGUUUGCACCUGCCACUGAAAACACAGCUCUGCCAGCGUGACUUUUGUCGUCCGCCUGCCUUCCUGGCGAAUGAGAGACAGAGGCCUCUCGGCCGAGGGGAAUGGAAUCCAGCCAUGCGGCUCUGACUGGAGUUGUUGUUUGCCUUGUGCUGUCAGUGGGCAGCCAGUGCCUGCAUUCUCCUGCUGCUGCCGCUACUGACUGAUUCCAGAUUAUCUCAAGAGUGUAGGCUGAACAUAUUUUCUGCUUGCUUCUGCCCUUCCGCUUUUAGCCACACUUGGGCUGAAGCAAGUGAUAAACAACUUACUGGAUUACUCGAAUUAACCUACUAGAUAAAUGGAUGCACUGGGGGGAUAAACUUUUGUUGGUCAGUUUAAAACGGUCUUAGACUGAUUCUACAUCUCUGGAAGACUGCGCUGGCCUGAAUAUUUUUCUGUUUUCAUCCCCCGAGGUGCCAUUUUAAUCAUUAACUGUCCACUGUUUAUGCAGAGGUUGUAGUUUCCAUAGAAAUGAAGAUAUCUGGGAAUCUCUGGAGACUGAGCGUGUCAGAGUGAGGGAAAAGGAGAGGCACAGGAUAAGAACUUGCUUGUGAUUACUUGAGCCUGGGGUGAAAAUAUGUUUUUAUGAUUGUGGAGGUCACCUAUGCUGAAUGGACGAAUGAAGGAAGAGUUUCAGGGAGACGCAUAUUUUCCAGCCAUUCCUCACUCAAAGGAAGCGUAGAUAAAGAGAGAUACAGUGGCACUGUUCUGAAAACGCUCCUUUCUCUGAACCGCCUCAAGCAAACAGCGAACGGGGAACAAGAAUGUGAGCCAUGUGCUGAAAUGCUUUCCUGCUUUCAUUUGAUUUAUUCAAGAACUCUAUUCUAAAAAAAAUUAAAAGUUUUUGGAAUACUUGUUGAAAAUCUAUACUGUCAAAUAGAGGACAUUGAUGUUUUCAUGAGUGCCGGUCACUUUUAGGUGAGAAAAGUUGCAAACAAGACUAUUGUAGCAUGUGGGAAAAACUGUUCAGUGGUCAUUUGCUAAACUUAAUAGGAUGAUCGCAUAUGUUUUUUGCUUUGGAUGAGCAUGACAUCAGCAAAGAGUGAAUUUCCAGCACUGAUACCUAAAGCCGGGUCUCUGAAUGAUCAUUUGUGCCUCAUUGAAUUCUGAUAAAUAUUGGGAAGAAGACAUUAUCCUUGAUUAGGAAAGAAGGACAACUUCACUUUAAGUCGGGAUCAGAUACAAUACAAUAAAAUGGAUGACUCCAGUAUUUUAAGGAGGAGAGGCCUUCAGAAGGAGCUGAGUCUUCCCAGAAGAGGCAGUUUCUGUCGGACCAGCAACAGAAAGAGUUUGAUAGUGACAUCCAGCACCUCUCCUACUCUGCCUCGGCCCCAUUCACCACUGCAUGGACACCCAGGAAGCAGCCCAUUGGACAGCCCACGUAAUUUCUCUCCAAACACUGCAGGCCACUUCUCUUUUGUGCCAGCUCGCAGCCAUGGACACAGGGCCGACAGGACUGAUGGCCGUCGCUGGUCUCUUGCCUCUCUGCCAUCCUCUGGCUAUGGAACAAACACCCCAAGCUCAACAGUCUCUUCAUCAUGUUCAUCUCAGGAAAAGCUGCACCAGUUGCCCUUCCAGCCCACUGCAGAUGAGCUGCAUUUCCUCACCAAACACUUCAGCUCAGAGAGCAUCACGGAUGAGGAUGGGAGAAGAUCUCCAGCCAUGCGGCCACGCUCCCGCAGUCUCAGCCCUGGACGCUCACCCAUAUUAUUUGACCAUGAGAUCGUCAUGAUGAACCAUGUCUACAAGGAGCGUUUCCCUAAGGCUACUGCUCAGAUGGAGGAACGGCUGGCUGAUUUCAUAUUCUCCUCAGCUCCUGACAAAGUCAUGCCUUUAGCUGAUGGCGUCCUGAGCUUCAUCCACCACCAGGUCAUAGAAUUGUCUCGGGACUGCCUGGACAAAUCCCGUGAGGGUCUCAUCACCUCCCGCUACUUCUAUGAACUACAGGAGAACCUUGAGAAGCUACACCAAGAUGCUCAUGAGCGUUCAGAAAGUGGGGAGGUGACAUUUGUCACCCAGCUGGUUAAAAAGCUGAUGAUAAUCAUCGCCCGACCCGCUCGUCUGCUGGAGUGUUUGGAGUUUGAUCCAGAGGAGUUCUACCACCUGUUGGAGGCUGCUGAAGAUCAUGCUAAAGAAGGUCAGGGCAUCAAGUCUGACAUCCCUCGAUACAUUAUCAGCCAGCUGGGACUCACCAGGGACCCCCUUGAGGAAAUGGCCCAGCUGAGCAGCUAUGACAGUGGUAACCCUGAAACGCCAGAGACCGAGACAGAUUCCACAGACAGUCGAGGAGCCACCGUACAACCAAUUCAGCUUCAGCCUCAACCCAAAACUAAAACUCCACGUGAGGAAGACUUUGAGACCAUUAAACUCAUCAGUAAUGGAGCCUAUGGGGCUGUGUUUCUGGUGAGGCAUAAGGAGACCCGUCAGCGAUUUGCCAUGAAGAAGAUCAACAAGCAGAACCUGAUCCUGCGAAACCAGAUCCAGCAAGCCUUUGUGGAAAGAGACAUCCUAACAUUUGCAGAGAACCCUUUUGUUGUCAGUAUGUUCUGUUCUUUUGAGACAAGGAGACAUCUUUGCAUGGUUAUGGAGUAUGUGGAGGGUGGAGAUUGUGCCACUUUGUUGAAGCACAUUGGGGCUCUGCCUGUGGACAUGACACGCAUGUACUUUGCUGAGACUGUUCUAGCACUGGAAUACCUUCACAAUUAUGGCAUUGUGCACAGAGACCUCAAACCUGACAAUCUGCUGAUUACAUCUAUGGGACACAUCAAACUGACAGACUUCGGCCUGUCCAAGAUUGGUUUAAUGAGCUUAACAACCAAUCUAUAUGAGGGCCACAUUGAAAAAGAUGCCCGUGAAUUUCUGGACAAACAGGUGUGUGGUACUCCUGAAUACAUAGCUCCUGAAGUCAUUCUGAGGCAGGGCUAUGGAAAGCCAGUGGACUGGUGGGCCAUGGGCGUUAUCUUGUAUGAGUUUCUCGUGGGAUGUGCUCCCUUCUUUGGGGAUACUCCUGAGGAGCUGUUUGGACAAGUCAUCAGUGAUGAUAUAAUCUGGCCAGAAGGUGAUGAAGCUUUGCCUCCAGAUGCUCAAGAUCUCAUCUCCAAACUGCUGCGCCAAAACCCUCUGGAGCGUCUAGGAACAGGGAGUGCGUUUGAGGUGAAACAGCACAGUUUUUUUACUGAUCUGGACUGGAACAGUCUCCUGAGGCAGAAGGCAGAGUUCAUUCCUCAGCUGGAGUCGGAGGAUGACACUAGCUACUUUGACACACGCUCAGAUCGGUAUCAUCACGUGGACUCGGAGGAAGAGGACGACACAAAUGAUGAUGACCAUCUGGAAAUCCGUCAGUUCUCCUCCUGUUCACCACGAUUCAGCAAGGUGUACAGUAGUAUGGAGCGUCUUUCCUUGCAUGAGGAGAAGCGCACCCCUCCUCCCACUAAACGCAGUCUGAGUGAAGAGGGAGGAGAGCGUAUCGACAGUCUCAGUGGCCUAAAGUCUCGAGACCGGAGCUGGCUGGUGGGCUCACCUGAGAUCCUAAGGAAGCGACUCUCUGUUUCCGAGUCAUCUCACACCGAGAGUGACUCCAGCCCGCCUCUGACAGUACGUCGCCGCUGCUGCUCGGCUAUCAUCGAAAUGCCUCGAUUCGCCAUUUCCAGCGAAGAGGAUGGUGGUGUGGGGGGCAGGAAGACCCCUGUGAGGGGACCUCGUGGGGAAGAUCUGCCUCAGGCCAUACCAGAGCUCCCUGUGGAGAGAGAGCUCAGACUGGAUGAAUCGCCAACCACACCAGGCUCCACUUCCAGCCAGAUCAGCCAAUCCACACUCACACCUGGUGGUUCUGGUGAUGUGUUGGAUCGAGCUUCUCGCUACAGUGCUGAAGGAUCUGAAAACUUCACUCCUAAAGCCAUCAGUGAUUUAGCAGCUCGUAGAGCUCGCCACAGACUGCUGUCAGGAGAUACGGAAAAACACACAUCACGCCCACUUAACAAAGUCAUUAAGUCAGCUUCAGCAACUACACUUUCACUCUUGAUUCCUGCUGAUCACCAUGGUGCCUCUCCUUUGGCCAGUCCCAUGUCCCCUCACUCGCUCUCAUCCAACCCCUCAUCACGUGACUCCUCGCCUAGUCGAGAUCUCUCCCCAGCCAUCUGCAGUGUCAAACCAGCCAUAGUCAUCCACCGAGCUGGCAAGAAAUAUGGUUUCACCCUGCGUGCCAUCAGGGUUUACAUGGGAGACACAGACAUUUACACUGUGCACCACAUGGUCUGGCACUUGGAGGAUGGGGGACCUGCUCAUGAUGCUGGACUGAGAGAGGGAGAUCUCAUCACACAUGUUAAUGGAGAGCCUGUCCAUGGACUCGUGCACACAGAAGUUGUAGAACUCAUUCUCAAAAGUGGCAGUAAGGUGUCCAUUUCUGCUACGCCCUUUGAGAAUACUUCUAUUAAGGUUGGCCCUGCACGCAAAACCAGCUACAAGUCCAAAAUGGCCCGGCGCAACAAAAGAACCAAAACCAAAGAUGGACAAGAUAGUAAGAAGAGAAACUCCCUGUUUCGUAAGAUCACCAAGCAAGCGACCCUUCUCCACACCAGUCGUAGCCUGUCCUCUCUGAACCGCUCAGUCUCAUCAGGCGAUAGUGUCCCAGGGUCUCCCACGCACAUGUCCCCUCGCUCACCCACACAGGGCUGUCGUUCCACUCCUGACUCUGCCCACUCAGUGGGUGGGAACUCAUCCCAAAGUAGCUCACCUAGCUCCAGUGUGCCCAACUCUCCUGCCAGUUCUGGACAGAUCAGACCAAGCUCUUUGCAUGGUCUGGCUCCCAAACUGCAGCGCCAGUACAGAUCCCCCCGCCGGAAGUCUGCAGGCAAUAUUCCCUUAUCCCCAUUAGCACGUACACCAUCGCCCACCCCUCAAAACACCUCCCCACCACGUUCUCCUUCGCCCCUGUCAAACCACCCGCUCAUCACUUCUUCAAUAGGCCAGUCUUUCCCUGUCAAACUCCACUCUUCACCUCCAUUAGUAAGACAGAUAUCCCGCCCGAAGAGUGCAGACACUCCUCGCUCUCCUCUGCUCAAACGUGUCCAAUCAGCUGAGAAACUCGCAGCCUCUCUUUCUUCUUCAUCCUCAUCUCCUCCCUCCUCUACUGCUGAUAAAAAGCUACCAGUUGGUGCCAGCCGCAAACACAGUCUUGAUACCUCACAUUCAGAUUUUAAAAAAGAGAUGAUGCAACGAGACCCCAGUCUACAGAGCCUGCAGGAGUCAGCCAGUGAGACUCUGAUGGGAGGAAGAGUGUCUCCUGCAGAAAAGGGCAGUCUGCAGAAAAGUUCAGUUCGUAAACUGGGCAGGCAAGAAGGUCCUGAGUCUGGAACUGGAACUCUGGGACUUGUUCCUGGGAAGAGUAAACUGAAAGACAAGCUAUCUGCCAUACGCCAGGAUCGUGCUGAGCGCCGUGAGUCUCUUCAAAAGCAGGAUGCCAUCCACGAGGUGGACUCCUCAGAGGAUGAGACCGACGAAGGGUCAGAAGAUAGUCAAGAUGGACGCAGGACAAGCUAUGUUCCUCCUAGCCAUAUAUUAAGGCCUACAACUGUAAUGGCCGCUCCCCAUAGCAUCAGGAUGGGACCAGCAGCUCCACAGACACUGGGACUGAUGUCCUCAAUCGUUGCACCCCCAGCCUUACCUCAGCCCAGCCGAGGACUGCAGAUACAAUGCCAAAGUACCACUCAGUCUCAGACACAAAGUUCAAUAUCACCAUCAGUGCAAGCUGCAGCCAAGCCCCCAGAACAGAAUCCCACCACCUCUAUUAUGGCUCAAAACUCAAGUUCAACCCUAGCUGAAGAGUUGAAAAAUAAAGAAUCAAAGGCACAGGACUCUCAAUCCACUAUCUGGCCAUCUCCACCUCAACCCAGCCCCCUGUCCAGUACCUUUUCCACCCAUGGUAGUGCCUUUACCUCUGUCAGCAAAGACCCAUUCAUCAAACCCACCACACCUCCAUUGGAUCCCCGGAGGUCCCCUAAAACUUCUGAGCCCAGGUCCAGAACCAGUGGUAAAAUGGAUCCUAGCACUGCUUCUGGAGUGGCCAGAGAUAUCCCUGUUGCUACCACCCCAACCGGAGGCAUCACAAAGGAGAUGAAGGAGGCUGACAACCGCAGACAGGCUGCGGCUGCUGCUGCUACUGCCACUGCUGCAGCCUCUCCAUCCACUGCCUCUGAGAGCGGAAUGGACAAAGUUGUGUCUCAACUGGCCACUGUGGCUAAGAGUGUGCUUGGCCCUGUCAAACUCAGCAUCCCAGGUACUAGAGAGGCCUCAGAGCGUACAAAGGACCAGCGUCCCCAGACAGAUCCCACCUACCCGAAGAUAAAAGAAUGUCGUCUGGAACGUCGUGAUCCUCCCGACUCUUUGAGUCCCUCUGCUGCUUCUGGCUUCCAGUCUCCACAGCUGACUGAAUCUCCCUCUAAACAAUCAUCAUCUAAAUCUGAGCCAGUUUCAACUUCUCAGAGAUCUUUGGUGGUCCCAGGGACCAAAAGGUCAACUGCUCCAAACCCCCAAGCCGGGGAAGAACAUCAGGAGAGACCAGAGACUCUGCGGUGUGGCACCACACCAAGGCCUAGAUCUGAAGCACAAUCUCAGGCCCAGGCAAAGUCUAGUUCCACUAUUUCACAAGACAAAUUCAAGACAACGUAGCAGCCUUGCAGAAAGACCCAUUUUCUCCAGCUUUAAUUUAACUUGCCUAUGACUGACAAAUACACACUGUAACACAAGGCAUGUUGUCCUGUUUAUUGUCAGUAUUCCUAUGAAAAAGAUUUCUGAAAGAUAAGAUGGAGGUGUUUACAGACGAGCCCAAAAGCUUCAUUUCAGAAUGUCUUAUGCUCUGCCAUUCACUAAAUAAUUGAAGCUUUUGCUUCAAAUUGCUUUGAUUUCUUGUUCCACCUUUUAAAAAAAAAUUCUCAGCAGCUAGAAAAUCUGGAAAAAUGCUUUGGUCUGCACCCUGAGAGACAGAAACCGUGUCAACUUGAAGUAUAUUACCUCUUCAUAUUAUCCUUCUAUUACUUUAAGAAUCAUCUCUUGUACUAAGUAUAGUUGCCUUAAAACAACACCUAAACAUUUCACAUAUUUCUUUUUGCCUAUUCAUCUUUAGAGGAAGACAUAUUGCAGCAAUAAGAGUAGCGUAUCCCGAGCAAUUUUCACAAACAUACAAAGUUGAUUUCAUCACACCUGUAGUAUAGUUAAUAAGUAAUAUAAAGAGAAACCAAACUGCAUUUUCCUCCUUUUCCCACUUGCACUUGUGUCAGCUUUCAAUUGUGUCCAACAACUGUGAGAUUUGUGAGGACUUGAGAUUUCCCCUAUGGCACAGCCGUCACUAAUGUAAUAUUUAUAUGGUAGCUGAAUUUGGAAGUGUAAUGCAGAAUAAUGAUGGCCAAUAAGUGCAUGAAUUACAUCUUUACGUGUUACUUAAUGUUUCUAAUCAGAAUUAAAGAUGUUAUUAGAAAUGAUUUGGAAAUACUCUGUAUAAUAAAUCAUGUGAUAUUUGGCCAUCAUUCACAUCCCACUAAAGUUAUGUAAAGUUACAUAGCUUAGCUAAAGACAUCACUUGUUACUUGCACAUCAUUAUGUCUAGAUCGUGUUUGGUUUUGUCUCUGUUCAAGCGGACCAUUAUAUUUAUUCUUCAGCUUACCCGUUUUAUUUUCUCUUUCUCUUAAUAUCUGGACCAAUUUCCUGUUGUGUCUGUAUAUUUGUUUGCUUUUUUUUAUUAUUUCGGCAGACUUGUAUCUGGAGUUUGUGUGUGUGUGUGUGUGUGUGCGCCUGUGUAUAGAAGCAUGUUCGAGUGUAUGUUCGUGUGGGUUCUUAUAUAAUGCAUAUUUUAAAAAAGUCUGUUAUUUGUUUGUUUUAUGCCCUAGACAAUGGGAGUGUAUUUUUGAUUGGUGUCCUUUCUUUGCCAUAUUAGCUCUGUCUGAUUCAGCUCUUUGUCAUAUACUGGACAAAGAUGUAUUUGCACAAACCCUUUUUAUUUUGUGUGACAAUAAUAUGAAAACCAAUAAAUACAGUAUCCAAUUAGAUCUCAAACUUGGUUGGGGUUUGACCAGUAAGUCACACUGUGGUACGUUGUCAUAUUAUCUUGACUUAAUGUGUUAACUCCAUAAUGUAUUUAAAGGUUAACCUGUGGAACUUUGAAUGUUUUAACCACAUUUUACAUUUAUCCACUCAGUUUACCUCCUCAUUUUCAUUCUUAUUGUUCAAAUUUCAACACUUGCCUGUUAUAAAAGUUCUAGGUGCCAUCUCUUUUCAACACACUCCUGUCCUACUUUUGGCCCUGACAAUAUGGAAAAUUAAAGUGUUUUAAGUUGGUCUUAAAACUGAUGUACAGUUAUGCUAUGCCCUAAUUCAUGUUUUGUCCAUAUAAAAAGUGACUGGAUGUCUUGCUCAUUUACGUUUCUUUAAGGAUUGGAGCUGUUGAUCGCAUUGCAGCUUGAAGCUCCAUUCCUAAUGAACCUAAUUAACCCGAGCACCAUGAUCAGUGAAAAAAAUGCACUUGUAACGAGAAUGGCAUUUGGACAAAGUUUGAAAUGCAUCUGUGGGCAGUCAGGUUUAAUAGAGUAUUUUUCCUGUUGUGUCUAGAGAACACUUAUCAAUCCUACACUAGUGGCAAAGGCAUAAAAGUACAGUUAUUAAAAAAACUAAACAAGGUUAAAUGAUUAUGUCCUGAAUCCCACUCCAAAGUUAUCAUUCUCAUACCCAAUCUUCAAUCUCAAUUUAAACUAAAGUUGAAGGGCUUAUAGAAACUGCCCUUAAAUGUUUACAUGUGUUUGAUAGAUCAUUUUUGGCACACUAGUGCAUUAUGUCUAAAUGAUAUGUCAUAUGUGUAGUUUGGGUGCUCAGGCACAUUUUGUAACUUAGAUGAUGGCAGACCGCUGGUGAUUUCCUUUCUGGUUGUAUUGCAUUUGAGAUUUUACAGGGUAUAAAGACAUUAUGAAACGGUCGCAUUCAAUCGACAAGCCUAGUACUUAGUUUUUAACAUUUUUUUUUUUUUUUUUACAUGUAGUCUCUGAUGACCUGCUUCACAUUCUACCCAUUUUUACCAAAAAAAGGAAAAUAGUUUCCUGAAUUAUGUGUGUAAAUGUGCGAAAUUCAUCUCUUUCUAAAGUCGUGAGCUGCCGUGGGCUGUGAAAGUGAGUGCUAACUGCCUUCUCAUGUACGUGAUGGGGAUGAUGAUAAUGGUUGGGCUAUUUGUUGAGGUGAAGUCGGGUGUCAGAAUGCCUGGGGUGGUCAUCUAUCAAUGUCCCGCAUGCCACCAUGCACGCAAGAGUGAAAUUUAAUCUCACACACCAUCUAGAGCAAAUUUACCUGCCACCUCUCACCUGUGGUAUAGCUUGGCUUUUUAUGAAUGAAAAAUCUUUGGAGUACACAUACACGCACUACUUAAAUCUACCUACCCUAAAUACACACUUAGACUUCAUGUCCCACUUAAAAUACCACUGCCCUCUCCUAAUAUCUGUAUGUUUGUUUGUGUUUGACCCAAAUGAGAUGGUUUACUUUUUAUGUAAAUAUUUUUAAGUCUGGUGUUCUGAGUGUCUUUAAUAUGAGAAGUCAUUUUGUGUGCAAUGGCCACUGCCUUAGACAUGACGCAUAGAGAGAAUGGGACAAUGACUAGAUAUUGUGUGUAUUUUAAGACCUGACACUCAGUUUACAAGGGAGUCAAUGGUGAUACAGUGGCGUUGUGGGUUUAGGGCUCUGCCCAGGUGUCAAUCAUGCUUUGUCCAAGACUAAAGGAGACAAUGUGGUUGUACAGACACAAGUUUGUGCAAAGGAAAAAAAAAAACUGCUAGAGUUGAACCAGUGCAAUAUGUUACAAUGUUCUUUUGUGUUAAGACGCAUGUUUGUUGUUAAUUCUACCUUAUGGAUAAUAAAGAUUUUUUUUAAGUAA